CACAGCGACCCAAUCAUUGUUUGGUUUCAGGUGUGACAAAUGGUCUUGUGCUAAGGAUGUGGGUGGACUACAACUCCCACCAUCCCCUGCCAUGGCCCUGCUCUUUGUUCUCUCUUCUCUUUGUCUGCCUUCAUUCUCUCCUCCCUCCUCUCUCUCUCCUCCUUCUCUUUCCUCCUCCCUCCCUCCCUCCUUCCUUCGUUCUCUUCUCUCUGCCAGUCUCAGCCGAGGGAGCUUUCUUGGGGAGCCGGGCUCUUCUCCCUCCAUCUCUCUUCCUUCUCUCUUUCUCUUCUUCCUUCCUUCCUUCCUUUCUUCUCCUUCGGAGGCCAGGAUGUCGGAGGUGCUGCCGUUCAGCGAGGAGAAGCUGGGCUCCUUCUCCGGGGAGGUGGGGGCCGAGAUCCCCUUCUCCUGCCGGGGGGGCCGGGACACCAGCGCCUUCUACCCCGGGGGCCCCCCCGCCAAGAGGCCCCCCAAGCUCGGGCAGAUCGGGCGGAGCAAGUGCGUGGUCAUCGAAGACGACCGGAUCGACGACGUGCUGAAAAACAUUUCCGACAAACCUCCGCCGGGAGUUUAAAUUAACCCAAAAAAGAAGGAAUUUUGGCUCUUUUUCCCCAACUAACAAUGAAAAAAAGAAAGAAAAAUGGAAAUAUUGAGGUUUACAAACCUGCACAUUUUUAUAUAUUUAUUUUCAAAAAAAAGGAUGGAAAGGAUGGAAAGAAAGAGGGGAAUGAAACGAAAAGCACAAGCGGACGACAAAUAUUGCACUGCACUUUGGACUUUUAUUUUUUUUUUCACGUUGACUUUCUCGAGGACUCUGGGAUAGAAAGAAGAAUAGAAAAGGGGGAAAAAACAAAACAGUAUUUAUUUAUUUAUUCGUAAUUUAUUAGCAGGAGAAAUUGAUUUGCAUGCGUUUGCAUACACUCUCGGUUCCGUGUUCCCAUUUUGCACAACCGCUCUGGAUCCUUUGUAAAUACGAUUCUAUCUGUAUUAUUAUAAUAUAGGGAUUGGAUUCAAAUUGUUUUUUUUUCACCCCGCCCGACAUAGAAUGCAUGGAAGCCAAACAAUCAGGGCCAGCUAACACCUCCCAACCAAGGCAGGAAGCAGCCAGGCUUUGACGCUGCAAGGCUAUGAUUUUUUUUGUGUUCACUCAGAAAACAUUGGAAUUCCAGACAACCAGGGCCAGCUAACACUUGGAAAACGGGAAUUCCAGACAGGAAAUAAUCAGGGCCAGCGAACACCUCCAAACCGAGGCAGGAAGCAGCCAGGCUUUGACACUGCAAGGCUUUGAGGUUUUUUUGUGUCCAACACUCAGAAAACAGGGAAAUUCCAGACAAGAAACAAUCAAGGCCAGCUAACACUCAGAAAACGGGAAUUCCAGAUAGGAAACAAUCAGGGCCAGCGAACACUCAGAAAACGGGAAUUCCAUACAAGAAACAAGGCCAGCUAACAGAAAACGGGAAUUCCAGACAAGAAACAAUCAGGGCCAGCUAACACUCAGAAAAUGGGAAUUCCAGACUAGAAACAAUCAAGGCCAGCUAACACUCAGAAAACGGGAAUUCCAGACAAACAAUCAGGUCCAGCUAACACUCAGAAAAUGGGAAUUCCAGACAAGAAACAAUCAAGGCCAGCUAACUCAGAAAACCGGAAUUCCAGACAGGAAUCAAUCAGGGCCAGCUAACACUCAGAAAAUGGGAAUUCCAGACAGGAAACAAUCAAGGCCAGCUAACAACCAAGGCAGGAAGCAGCCAGGCUUUGAUGCGGCAAGGCCAUAAAAGCCUUUGAAAACACAUUAAACUUUAUAACUUGUGUGCCAAAUAUUUUUGAAUGUGAGAAUAUAUAUAUACUAUAUAUAAUAUAUAUAUAUAUUACAGAAUAUAUAUUAUAUAUUAUAUAGUAUUAUGUAUAAUAUAUAAUAUAUAUAUUUCCUCUAUUUCUUGAUGAUAGUAAAUUGAACUCUUUUUGUACCGGAAUGAUUCUCUUUCUAACGCUCUUUUUUCCUGACUUUAUGAGAAAAUAUAUAGAUAUAUAUAUACGAGAGAGGAACCUCUCACUUUUAUACCUUUUUUCUGGUUCUUCCUUUUGGAAACCUUGUUUGUUUGCAUGGGAUGCAGAACUUUUUCCAGGCGAUAUUUUGCCUUUUUUCUUACCGACAAAACUCUUUUAUUGUCUUCUGUCGCACUUUGGAUUCUUCUUCUUCUUCUUCUCCGGCACAGGGCUAUUUCCGCAAUGUAUGGGAAUUAUAAUAUAAUAUGAUAAUAAACAAAGGGAAAAACCA